AUGCGUCCGCGGUGUCCGUGGCAUGCUAUAAUCUUUUUCCUCCACAGACCACUGUCCAUGUCCACCCCAACACGUGCACGACCAGCUAUAGUUACCUAUACGAAGGAUGCAGUAUUGAGGGGGCACGGAAAGUUUACUUUUGCGAUAUCAUCUCGGGGAACGCCACAUAGCAUAGGGGGGAGGGGAGCACGGGCAAUUCAAGAACUGGGAGAUUUGUUUUUCGGGGUUCAUCUCACACCCUUCCACGCGCGCAAACUUACCAAUGAUGAAUCAUAUCGCUUUUCCCCCUCCCACUAUACCAAAAGUAAACUUGGAAACCUUGAUCGACUCGGCUGCACCCUAUUGUGA